AUCAUAUAUAAUUUAUUUAUUAAUAUAUUUGUCAUCCACUUUUCAAAUCCAGAAAAAGAUGAGGAAAGUAAAACGAUUUACGUAUCUAUAGUGAUGGGAGGGAAGCAUAAUUUCUAGCCUAUCCCGGCCAGUGGGCAAAAGAGAGCUGAAAGUAGAGGACAGCUCAUGCUGGCGACAUAGACUUCACACCGACCGUCUCACUUCACUUCUCUCUUAGCUCUAUCACGUUGUUGUAGUAAGAUUAAUAGCUUUUAGCCACCUCUCAUUUCUAUUCUCUUUCACUAAAUUACUGAUUUUGCAGCCACCACCAAGAAAAGAAAAGAAAAGAGCAAUGGAGUAUGACAGGCUCCGACCAUCACAACCUGGAGGCUCUGGACUUCCUCAGCAGCAGCAACAACAACAAGAAUAUGAAGAACCCAUGGCCAAAAACAAAAAGAGAAAGCUUGUUUGCGUUUCAGUUAUUGCGUUGGCUAUGAUCGUUGUCUCGGCUGUGUGUGCUGGGCUCCUAAUUGGGCUCCGUGGAGGAGGCGCCGACCCAGUUGGCACCCAAAUCCGUCGUAAGCCCACCCAAGCCAUUUCCAAGACAUGUAGCAAAACUCGGUUCCCGAGCCUCUGUGUCAACUCACUCCUUGAAUUCCCUGGCUCGCUCACUGCUAGUGAGCAAGACCUCGUUCACAUUUCCUUCAAUAUGACGCUGCAGCACUUCAGCAAAGCUCUUUAUUUGACAACGUCCUUGUUCUACGUCCUGAUGGAUACACGUGUACGGUCGGCAUACGACGACUGCCUCGAGCUUCUGGAAGAUUCCGUCGACGCCCUCUCCCGUUCUCUCUCCUCCGUUAUUCCUUCUCGGGACGACGAUAAAAAAGGCGGGUCCAAUCAAGACGUGAUGACGUGGCUUAGCGCGGCUUUGACGAACCAGGACACGUGUACGGAGGGAUUUGAUGGAGUGAGCGGGGCGGCCAAGGACCAAGUGGCCGAGAAAUUGAAGGACUUGUCGGAACUCGUAAGCAACUGCUUGUCGAUUUUCGUGGCGAGUGGCGGAGACGAUUUCGCGGGAGUGCCGAUACAUAACAGGAGGUUGCUGGCUUCGUAUGACGGUAUAUCGGGAGCAAAUGUCCACGAGGAGAAUUUCCCGAAAUGGCUGGGAAGGAAAGAGAGGGAGCUGCUCAACACUCCAGUGUCGGCGAUCCAGGCUGACAUAAUCGUUUCGAAAGAUGGGAACGGCACGGUUAAGACGAUUACUGAGGCGAUUAAAAAGGCGCCAGAGCAUAGUCCUCGGCGAAUCAUCAUUUACGUGAGAGCAGGAAGGUAUGAAGAGGAUAAUUUGAAGGUGGGGAGGAAGAAAAUCAACUUGAUGUUUAUAGGUGACGGUAAGGGUCAAACAGUCAUUACAGGAGGAAAGAGUGUAUUUGACAACAUGACGACCUUCCACACCGCUGUCUUCGCGGCAAGCGGAGCUGGUUUUAUUGCAAAGGACAUGACAUUUGAGAACUGGGCUGGACCAGCCAAGCACCAGGCAGUGGCUCUUCGAAUUGGGGCAGACCAUGCCGUGGUUUACAGAUGCAACAUCAUUGGAUACCAAGACACUUUGUAUGUUCACUCCAAUCGCCAAUUCUACCGUGAAUGUGACAUUUACGGGACUGUUGAUUUCAUUUUUGGUAACGCCGCUGUGGUAAUCCAGAACUGUAGUAUUUACGCCCGGAAGCCCAUGCCCCUCCAGAAGAACACAAUCACCGCCCAAAACCGAAAGGACCCGAACCAAAACACUGGUAUUUCGGUCCAUGCAUGUCGGAUCCUACCCACCUCGGAUCUGGCAGCGGUCAAAGGUAGCUUUCAAACGUAUCUAGGCCGUCCAUGGAAGUUGUACUCUAGGGCAGUGUUCAUGUUAUCGUACAUGAGUGACCACAUUCACCCUAGGGGAUGGCUGGAGUGGAAUGCUGGAUUUGCCUUGGAUACACUAUACUAUGGUGAAUACAUGAAUUAUGGGCCAGGGGCGGCAGUUGGGCAACGGGUCAGAUGGCCCGGGUAUAGGGUCAUCACUUCAGAGACUGAAGCAGGCAAAUUCACUGUCGCACAGUUUAUCUAUGGAUCGUCAUGGUUACCAUCAACUGGGGUUGCUUUCUCGGCUGGCCUACAGGCUUAAAUUUAAAUUAUCUUUCUUACCUUUUUUUUUUAGUUUUUAGUUGUAUGAAAUAUAAUUUUAUCUUUCUAAUUUUUUUCAUGAUAUUGUAACAAGGGUCACUAGUCAAAAUCGUGUUGUAAUAAGGAAAUGAUGUUUACA